AUGGCGUCACGCCUGUGCGACGUCUGUAUCAAGCUUAAUAUCGAAGACCUUGUUUCUGACCGGGGUUUCGCCUUACACACUAACAUCCUCCAACUUCACGCAUCUGCAUCAUCGUGUCGGCUAUGCAACCAAGCUAUUGAACGAAUCUGCUCAGGACACAGCAGGCUGAAUCAUUCUAAAGAGAAUGAGACAUAUCUUGCCAGUCAGCAAGCUCGCGUCUUCUACAAUCACCAUGUCCAUUCCGAACAGGGCUUUACUAUAGUAGUAUCAGAUGUGUCAUCACCAACGCCAACUCAAGGGCAGAGAUACUCUUGGCUGUUGAUGAGAAUACUUGAUGGAGAUCCCGCGCGAGUGUUGGGCGCAGAAACGGUACGCGUGGUGCCCGAGAGCACUUCGAGCGACGAGUCGACGGUCCAGGCCCUGAAGUGGCUGAAAGAAUGCCUUCUUAGCCAAGAUCGCUUCGAACAUUGUUCGCAUACUGUCGACCACAGUCUUGCGAGAGGCCUGGCGAGUACCACCUUACCGCUCUCAAACAGUAUGCCGGAAGUCCAGAGACUUAGCGAGGACAUCAAGCUUCUCUACGAGAUGAGAGUUCCAGAGCAAGUUCCCGACCAAGACCGCGCCGGGAGGCUUGUCGAGAUCAUCGAUACAGAGGAUGUGAGAUUGGUCGAAGGCUCAGCGCAGUGCACUCCAUACGUUGCUCUAAGUUACAGAUGGGGCGGCCUUGAGGCAAUUUGGCAGACAACAACUAAGAAUCUCAACUCACGCCGAGACGUAUUCUCUAUCGAGGAUCUUCCAAAGACUCUUUGCGAUGCUGUCAAAGUUACUCGCGAUCUUGGCUUCGAAUGGAUAUGGAUUGAUAGUCUCUGUAUUGUUCAGGAUGACAAGGACGAUUGGGCGAAAGAAGCUGUCAAGAUGGCGAACAUCUACCAGAACGCGAUCGUCACUAUCUCUGCAGAUUUUAGCAAAGACGCCAAGGCGGGACUGCAUAACGACAGAUCGACGUCCAUGUUUAAUAGAGAAGAGAGUAUUGGGAUCUCCAAUAGGCUUUCGGCAGGAGAUGAGAGCACACUAUACCUUUUCCCCAAUCAAGAUACAAGGCUCGAUGAGUCGAUCACCAACAUUCGAGAUAUGGGCGAUCUUCUGUGUCAUUGCACACUAAGAGACCGAGGCUGGACAAUGCAAGAGCGUAUCCUCUCGCCUCGCAUAAUUCACUACGCUUCUGAUCAACUUUACUGGGAGUGCUACCAUAGCAUCCAGGAAAGUGAAGACAAGCUCCUUUGGAUGGGUCGCAGCUCUACCAUCCCGAAGAUAGCCCACCGCAUCAAAUCCGCGAAGGAUGACGGAACUAAAAAGAAGGAGUUGAAACAGAUGCUUUACAACUGGUAUGUUCAUAUAGUAGGUGGAGAUUACUCGUAUCGCUCCUUGACCUAUGCCGAGGACAAGCUACUAGCUAUUGGCGGUGUAGCUAGGGCACUCGAUGACAUCGAACCCAUGGGUUAUAUGGUCGGCCACUGGGGUGAGUACGAUGACGAACUUGUCAAAAGUUUCUGUUGGAAACGUGGCGGACCUGGUCAGAAGGCUACCAAGUACCGUGCACCAUCUUGGUCAUGGGCCAGUCAAGAUUCAGCUAUCAAUUAUACAAGCUACAGUCUCGUUGGUACAUCUGACGAUGUGGUUGUAGCAGAGCCCGUUGCAUGGAAAGCCUCGGUGCCAGAUGGCACUUUCUUUGGACGCUGUACCAGUGGCUACCUCCAGAUCAAAGCGAAACUCGCUCGCGGGACAGUCUUUCCAAACUGUGGUUACGACUUUAGUAACAAUACUCGAUCAUUUUUAUCUGGCAGCUACACCGUUGCUCCUCCAAAGGAAAGGUGUGCUUUCUUGAUGCUUGAAGGAGGGGAAACAUCGGAUCUUGUCUGGUUGGAUGAGAGUCAAGCUACACAAGAGCCAGUGCGUGAGGGCAUUGAUGUCAAAGUCGUUAUGCUAUCAGAAGUCAGACCACGUGGUGAGGAGCCAUAUCCUGGAGGUUGUAUGAUAUGUACUCUGGAUAAGAACUAUCAUCUGACGAGAAUUGGGUUCACGGAGAGUGUCAGGCCAUGGAAGGAGGGCGAGGGCAGGGCGAAACCUCCUAUUACGGCACCGAAGCUUUGUGACAAGGAGGAUAUUGAAUUGAUCAUCAUAUGA